AUUAUCCAUCAUAAAGUGUGAUUCAACGGAACUGCCCUAUUCCGGUGUCCCACCAACACACCAAUCCCCCUGUUCAAUAAUUCACAUCUUUUAUCAUCCAGCGAGUUCAUGUCUCAUGAUUUAUCAGAUCAGUUUGUACGUUGAUCUCAUGUGGGUGGGUCUGGAGUCCUGAAUCACCUCCAACUAUUCUUCAACCACAAACAAGACACGUCUGUUGAUCACUGGGAUAUUUUGGGGAUAUGGCAUCGAUAUCACUCCCAAGGGUCUUGCAGCAGAGGAAGACCUCUUUGGAUCUUCAGCGUGAACAUUUUGAGAAGUUCCAGAGUAUCGCCAUCUCCAAGGCUGUCAAUCCCACUGAGACACCCGUCAAGGAGAAACAUGUGCGCAGCGCGAUAAUCGGUACGUACCAAGAAAAAAGUGGAACGGUCUUCUGGACAUUUGUUCUGCGUCAGCCACUGCAGGAUAAUCGAAUAGUCGCCUGGAAAUUUUGUCACGUCCUCCACAAGGUUCUUCGAGAGGGUCAUCCCCGGGUGAUUCACGACUCCCAACGUCAUAAAAAAAAACUGGAAGAUCUAGGAAAGCUGUGGCAACACCUGCGUGAGGGUUACGGCAAGCUUAUCCAGCUGUACAUUCGCCUGCUGAUAACAAAACUCGAGUUUCACAACAGAAAUCCAGGUUUACCUGGCAAUCUACAGGUGACAACCGAGGAGCUGGAGGCAAUCGGUGAGAACGACAUCAACAUCUACUUUCAGAUGUCAGUGGAGAUGUUCGAUUACAUGGACGACAUUCUGAAUCUCCAGAGAGCGGUUUUUGGUUCUCUGGAUCUGUCGAGAUCGAAUUCGAUGACACCUUGUGGUCAAUGUCGACUAGCACCACUGAUUCCCUGCAUUCAGGACGCAUCACAGCUGUACGAUUACUGCGUGAAGAUACUUUUUAAAUUGCAUGGAGCACUACCAGCUGAUACCCUUCUGGGUCACAGGGACAGAUUCUCCAAACAAUUUCACGAUCUCAAGACAUUUUACAACACGAUAAAACACAUGCAGUACUUCAAGCAUCUUAUUACGAUACCUGGACUGCCCGAUAAGCCACCGAAUUUCCUGAUACAAUCAGAAUUGAGGACUUAUGUGACACCAGUUGUGGUAUUGCCCCAGGAAGAUCCCAUCGACAACGAGAGCACCGUUGACAGCCUCAUCGACACCUCAGACACAACCUCCAUAUCUGAUCAAUUUGAUUCUGCUGGUAAUGGUACAAUUUCACCAGAGAGUCGUCACGAGAGAGAGCAUUACUACGCACAAGAGGCGAUGAUACAGGAGAAUGAGAGGCAGAGGGAGGAACUGCAAUUUUUAGUUCGUGAACACCAGAGACUCGUCGAGGAAAUGAAACAGCACAUGAGAAAAGUCGAUCCUGAAAUGGCCUUGAAGGAUCAGGAGUUGAUGAAGCAGAGGCACCUCAAUGACGCCCUGGGAAAACAGAGUGCUGAAUUGAUUGUCAAAGUUAAUGAACUCGAGGAGAAAAAUCGUUUGCUGGACGAGAAGUUUCAGAAGCUCAAGGAAGUUUACUCGAAACUUCGCGAGGAGCAUAUUAAUUUGAUUCGAAAGAAAGCAGAGGUUGAUAAACUUCUGGGAUCGACUCGUCUCACGCUGGAGCAGUCGGAGCGCCGUACCCAGGAGGUGAAUUUGAGAAUGGAGGAGCUCCUUCAGGGUCAAGUGACAGCAACCCAGGAGGCGGAGCGUGUCUCCCAGGCGCGUGCCGAGCUCAUCGAGGUUCAGAGGCAGUUUGAUAUGUUGAAGAAUGAGAAUAUCGCUUUAUUGGCUAAAAUAGAGUUUAUUUCGUCGGAGAAAUCAGUGGCUGAAGGGGAUCUACAUGAUCUUCUCUCCCAGAAGGAGGAACUGGACACGAGAAUAUCUGAGCUAACAUCAGACAUCGAGAGGACUAGAAUUCAGUUGAAGAAGGACUCGGACUCUGCCCUUAUCGAAUUGAUAUUGAACUCCAUUUCAUCAGCUGAGCAAUUGCUGUUGACCACUUCCAUCACCAUCGAGAGCCCCUCCAUUUCAGCUCUGACUUGCACUCCGGAUUAUCUGGAGACCCAGAGGCCGUCAGCCCUUCAAUCACUUUCAGACGUUGAGAGGAGCUACAAAAUUUAUCAGGAGAAAUCGACGGAGGGCAAACAACUCAUAAAAUCAACUCUCAAUUUUGCCUAUUAUCUCUCGCUAUACCUUAUCCACGCCAAAUCCACCUCGAACACCUCCACAGAUAUCACGAUUGAUGAUAAAUUGACUGAUGAGUGUAAAAAAUUAUCGAGUGCAUCAAUUUCUCUUCUCCAGAUGAUUAAGGCGAAAUCGGAAGGGACUGAGGAGCAAUUCAAAUUAAUCAGGGAUCAGUUAGAAGUGAUUUCUGCGCUUGCCAAUGGACUUUCCAAGGCAAGAGGUGAUGUAGAGAGAAUUGGAGACAUGGUGGAGAGUGAAUUGCAGGGGAUGGACAAAGCUAUUGAAGAGGCAGCAUCAAAAAUUCAGGAGAUGCUGACAAAAUCACGAGCCGGUGACUCUGGAUUGAAGCUCGAAGUGAACGAGAAAAUCCUGGACUCGUGUACCGCGCUGAUGUCGUGCAUCAGAAAACUCGUGAAGAAAUCACGAUUACUGCAGACUGAGAUCGUUGCUCAGGGAAAGGGGACAGCCUCAGCCAAAGAAUUUUACAAGCGUAAUCACCAGUGGUCCGAGGGACUCAUCUCAGCUGCCAAAGCUAUUGGCCUUGGUGCAAAAUUUCUUCUUGAAGCUGCUGAUAAGGUUGUGGGUGGUGAUGGAAAAUUCGAGCAGCUUGUUGUGGCGUCACAGGGUAUUGCUGCAUCCACUGCACAACUUGUUGUCGCUAGCAGAGUCAAAGCUGAGAGGAACUCCAGUAAUCUUGGGGAAUUGACACAGGCUAGUAGAGAAGUCACUCAGGCAACAGCUGGUGUUGUUGCUACAGCCAAGAGUUGCAGUCAAAUGGUCGAGGAGAGUGAGGACCUUGGGUUGGAGGGAUUGAGUCUUCAUCAGGCCAAGAGGCUGGAGAUGGAGGCCCAGGUGAGGGUUCUCGAGUUGGAACAAGCACUUGAAACUGAGAGACUCAAACUUGCGGCUUUGAGGAGAAGGCAUUAUCAACUUGCUGGAGAUGUUUGAAGGGGAGUACCGAAAUUAUUGAAAUUAUUUUGAAAGGAUUUUUUAGAGUCGAGGGAAAUUAAAUAAUUAUUCGGUUGAACGGUUUCUUUGGAAAUUCAUGUUCAUCCGAUCUUUAUGUUUUUACAUGAUUUAGUGGAACGUCGAAUCAAAACGCGAGGGGAAAGGGGAAUGGGAGUCGGUGAGAUUUAAGAUUGUGGAACAAUCGAGGAAUAUUUUUAUAAUUUGAAUGAUUAAUUUCGAAUAAUUCGGUGAUUCGUGAGGGAAAAUCCUGGAGCUUUUGCGUGGAAUCAGUGAAAUAAUGACAUUUUUCACUUGUGGAGAAAAAAAAUCAAUCGACAGAAAGAUUAUGUUAACGAACUAAUAUUAAUUUAUUCACUAAUGCAUAAUAAUUUUGGAAUGGAAUGAAAUCAAUUCGUUAGAAGGGGUCGAUAAUAGAAGAAUCUAAUCAUUAUUAAGUGAUUAAUAAUCGUAGAAAAUUUCGGAAUUUUCUACACAAACUAGAUUUCAUAUUUAUUGUCUUUACCAUCGAUUAAUUAUUCCUUUUCUAUUUACCAUUACUUUUAACUAAUGUAGAAAAUCAAAUCUAUCUGUAAUUUAAAAUCUUGUUAUAAAUUGAUAAUAUAAGAAAUCUUCAUCGAUUAAACCACAAAUGUAAUAAUUACCAUUUAAUUACUUUCCCCUCUCCAAUUACUCCGUGCCUUAAAUGAGUUAAUUAAUCGGAGGAUUUUUCCAAUUGAUAGGUACAAAUAAAAAUGAAAAUACAAAAGAACCAUUUUAAAAUUUUUUUUUGUUUAUUCCUCAGAACAUCAUUUUCACAAUUUUACACUUAAAAUCAAAUUUACUUCAUAUCGUUAAUUGUACGGACAAGUUACACAUGAAAUAUCAAUUCUCAACGUCACAUAGAACAACAAAACCUAUUAAUCUUAGGCAAGUUAUGUUGUAAUUUAAAAAAAAAUAUAGUUUAUACCUCUUUUACUUUAAUAUUCAAUCUUCAACUGGUACUCCAUUAAAAUCUACAUUGAAAUGAGAUAAUUGGAAUUUUUCAUCUCGAUCAAUUGGAAUAACGCAAAUAAUCUAGCUUUUUCAUUGAAAAAAAAAA